ACAACCAGAGGUAUUUAGCACAUAACCUCUAAUAUUAUCAACGAUGUUACUUAAUUAUUAUUUAUAAUCAAAAGUUAACUUAUUUUUGAUAAAAAUGAAUGCAGUUUUCAAUUUAUCAAUUUUUUCACAAUAGUAAAUAAUUAUAAUGGAAUGCUCUAUAUAUCGAUUUGAGCAAGGAUAUAAUUUGGAGUUGGUGAUAUAGUAGUAGUGUAACUAACAUAAAUAUUUGCAUAGUAAAAAGUUUAGGUGAAAAGCGUUGAAAUAUUUAUACAAUUUUGUAUGCCAGAAUGAUACCGAAAACUUGUAUAGUGUUCACCUAUGCUUCAAAACAUGUUGUGAAGAAUUGGAAACGUUGCUGUUCUUGUUGUGUCUCCCUUAAUAACUUAAAAAAGAUUUAUGUAGAUAAGUGCAGUCCAGAAUUAUACAAAACACCACGAAUUAGCUUCUACAGGUUUUUCAAAUAUAAUUCCAGGUUUUGUAGUAGUGUUGAGAAUGUUGACAAAGGUGAUUCAAAGGAAAAUUCCAAGGAGAACAAAGAUAAAGUAACUGAAUGUGACAAAAUAGGGAGAAUAAAAACUUUAAGUUUAAAUGUUAAUGAAGAGGACAAAAGCCAAAAGUGUCAAUCAAAAGGCAUAGCACCGAAAAUUUUAGAAGUUAUAGCACCUAAGUUGGCAUCUACUAAGAAAGUUUUUGAAGAUACCGGUAUUACUAAAAAGGGUGAUAAAGAAGUUAUAAUAGAAAAGAAAUUGGAAAACUCUGGGAAUCAAGAUGUUUCAAAGAAAUCAGAAGGGAAACCUGCAUACAAGAGAAGAAAACCAGUAGACCUAGAAGCAUCUUCUUUGGAUAGAAAUUUUAUGACUCCAAUAAGAGCAAUGAACGAUUUUUUAUUGAAGCCCUCAGAUUUAGAAUCACUACCUAAGACUAAAAGACGAUCCCCUUAUGAAGAUGAACCAUCAUUUACAGUUUAUUGGAGAAAAGAUGUGGAAGCUAAGGCUUUGGAAGUUUGGGGAUCAAAGGAAAACCUUCAGAAACAGAUGCUGCUACGUGAUAUCAAACGGAAACAACAUCAGCAAAAUAUAUUCACUGUUAAGCAGAGAUUAAAAGAUUAUAGAAAGGAAUUACAAGGAACUUUUAGUGCAACAGAAGACUCAAAGGAUUAUGGAUUGAUGGGCAGAUCAGGAAAAGUUGUUUUGACUGCAGUUGCCAUAAAUGCCAGUAAUUGUCUGUUUAAGUUUAUUGCUUGGUUGUAUACGGGGUCCCAUAGUAUGUUUUCAGAAUGUGUCCAUUCUUUGGCUGACACUAUAAAUCAAAUAAUUCUUGUUUAUGGAAUUCAAAAGUCCGUACAAACGGCAGAUUCUGAGCAUCCUUAUGGUUACUCGAAAAUGAAAUACAUUUCGUCUUUGAUAUCGGGGGUUGGCAUAUUUUGCGUCGGUGCUGGUCUUUCCAUGUAUCACGGUGUCAUGGGAAUCAUUACUCCAGAACCGAUAGAAGAUUUUUUCUGGGCAUAUUUUAUACUUGCUGGUUCUUUGGUAUCUGAAGGGGCAACCUUACUUGUGGCCUUUAAUUCACUUAGGAAAGGAGCAAAAGAAAAAAAUAUGUCGCUAAACGAAUACAUACUGACAAGUCAAGAUCCCAGCGUAAACGUGGUUUUGAUGGAAGACACUGCUGCAGUUGCUGGGGUAGCAAUAGCAGCGGCUUGUAUGGGAUGGUCUACGUUUUCACAUAAUCCUCUUGCUGAUGCCUUUGGGUCUUUAUUAAUCGGAGGCCUUUUGGCCAGUGUCGCUUCUUUUAUCAUUUAUUCCAAUGUCAAUGCUUUGGUUGGAAGGUCCAUAAAUCAGGAGAGCUUGGAUAAAAUUAAUGCAGAAUUGGAAGCAGAUGUUAUGGUUAGAGCGAUUUAUGAUGUUAAGGGAAUAGAUAUGGGGAAUUCUCUGGUACGUUACAAGGCUGAAGUUGAUUUUGAUGGGAGAGAACUAACAAGGGCUUAUUUAGAUAAGCAAGAUUUAAAUAUAAUCCUUGAUGAGAUCAAUAAAAUUGAAAAUAUUGAUCAAGUAGAGCAGUUUUUACUGAAACAUGGAGAAAACAUUGUGGAUAUGCUUGGGGCGGAAAUUGACCGAAUAGAAAGAAAAUUAAGGAAAAAACAUCCUGAAAUUCGGCACGUUGACUUGGAACUGCUUUAGAAUACGUGUUAACGUACUUAAAAACGAUUAUAAAUAUUUCUAAUAUCAAAUCUGCUUUGAAUUGUAUUUGAAAAAAAAAUAGUACUAACAAGUUUAAAUGUUGUUUAUUAAUGUAAACACCAUAAUUCCGAAUAUUCCUUUUAAAAGCAGUAUUUUGUACAGAAGUUUUCUUUGUUAAUUAUAUUAUUAUUUUAU